AAGGUAAUGACGGUAAUUUAAUGUUCAUGCAAACACCGUCCUUCUUGCCAAGCCUUGACGAUGAUAUUACCUUACAUGUUAAUCAGAAUUUACGACAAAAAAUUCAUCAGGGCGAGUAUGUCGAUUUGGCUCUUUUAUUGCAUAACUCAGUUAUUGAUCAUGACAAACAAAAUGUCACUUUUGAGCAAGGACAACUAGUUAUAAAUCCAGUUUCGCCCCAAACAAAGAUUACAAACAUCGAAACUUGGUCCGAUGCCUUUCUAAUUUUUAUGAGUAUAUAUUGUUCUGUGCAUCCUCAUAAAUUCCAAGAACUUGUAAAGUACAUGUCUUCUGUCCGAAAAGGUGGUAAACGUCAUGGGGGUAUCGGUUGGAAAUAUUAUGAUGAACAGUACCGUUUGAAAAAAGCUCGAGAACCAAGUGGGUCUUGGGGUAAAUUGGAUUCGGAAUACUGGAUGUGGUAUAUGCAGUCCACAUCGGUUCAACUCGAAGGCCAAGCCCCAAAUCAAGCCUCAAAUAGUCGUGCUUUAUACACAAACCAAACAGCUACUACAUCAAGAUGUUACAGUUUUAAUUUCGACGGUGUGUGUAACAAGCCUAAUUAUAUUUACAACCAUUCAUGCUUGCGUUGUGGGCUGCAUCAUCCAAUUAUAAGUUGUUAUAAGCAAAACCAGUUUCAAGGCCAAGUGUCAAAACAAACUAGGACUGAACCCAGAUUCAAUGGUCCAAGAUUUACUAGACCAAGGUCUAAUUUUCGUUCCCCAAGACCAAAUUACCAAAGACCAAAUGGACGCUUUAUGGGAGCUAGGCAGAACACCUAUUAAAGUUGCUUGUUUAGAAAAAUACUUAAGAUAUUACCCUGACUCAAAAACUUCUUUAUUGUUAUUGGAUGGUUUCAGGAAUGGUUUUAGUCUUCAAUAUUCCGGUCCUCGUACUCCUUUUAUUUUAAGAAAUCUCAAAUCAGCUGAAAUGCUUAAGAUAGAAACGCAGUCGAAAUUAAAUAAAGAAAUUACUUUAGGUAGAAUGUGUGGUCCUUUUAAAAAUAGGCCUAUAUCAACCUUGCGUACUUCACCAAUUGGAUUGGUUAAUAAAUCCGAUGGGAGUUUUCGGCUUAUAAUGCACUUGUCUUUUCCAAGCGGUUGUAGUGUCAAUGACUUUGUCGAUCCCAAUGAAACAUCUGUUAAAUACACAUCAUUUGACGCAGUAAUUGACAUGGUGUCAUCUAUUGGCAAAGGGGCCAGACUUGGGGUCCAGGACAUAAAGUCCGCUUUUCGUCUUUUGCCUAUUUCUCCAGGUGAUUUCGAUUUACUUGGAAUAUAUUUUGAUGGUAAUUUUUAUGUGGACAAAUCCCUCCCAUUUGGUUGCUCUAUUGCUUGCGCCUUGUUUGAACAAUUCUCUACAUUCUUGCAUUGGUUGGUUGUUUCAUCUGCUGGUAAGCAUUCAUUCAAGCAUUAUUUAGAUGAUUUCAUAUUCGGCGGUUCUGCAAAUUCGGAAGACUGCUUGGUUCUAAUGAACACAUUUACUGAGCUUUGUAAUGAGUUGGGCGUGCCUACAGCUGAGGACAAGACAACACAUCCUACAACAAGAUUAACUUUUCUUGGCUCAGAAAUAGACACCGUUGACAUGGUCGUUCGUAUUCCAGUGGCCAAGCUAUUUUGCGGAGAUUUUAUGAUGUUAUUGCAUCAUUUAAGGUCAAAAAACCAUUUUUCUCAAUUAGAAUAACCUCUGAAAUUCGAGAAGACGUCUUGGUAUGGUUAGAAUUCUUAAAAUCUUUCAAUGGAGAUUCUUAUAUUAUUGGUCUAACUUGGACAGAUAAUGACAUUUUGCAACUAUAUACUGACAGCGCAGGCAACGCUGAACUUGGUUGUGGGUCUUACUUUAAAGGGA